AGAAAGAAUGUCGGCCUGAUGAAUUCAAAUGUGGCGAUGGACGAUGUAUAAGCACUAGUCUCAGGUGUAAUCGCCAGUAUGAUUGUAGAGAUGGUACAGAUGAGUAUGGUUGUGAAACUGUUACCUGUCAACCAGAUGAAUUCAGAUGCAGCUCUGGGCAAUGUAUUAAGAGCCAUCUUAGGUGUGACAGGAAGUACGAUUGUGCUGAUGGCACUGAUGAACUGACAUGUGAACCAGCAACAUGUGCAUCAAAUGAAUUUAGGUGUGGAGAUGGACAAUGUAUUUCCCUUAAUCUUAAAUGUAACAGGCAGUAUGAUUGCAGAGAUGGUAGUGAUGAAUUAACUUGUGAUCAACCUACCUGUGAGAGGGAUGAGUUUCGAUGUUCUGAUGGACAAUGUAUUAAAAGUACCCUUAGAUGUAAUAGACAACGUGAUUGUCGGGAUGGAUCGGAUGAGCUGUCUUGUGGAGAAGCAAAAAAUGUCUUGUAA